AUGGAUGAUCAAUCUAUUCUUGAAGCGGCUGAUUCACUGAAAACAAAAAUCAAUGGGCAGAAGCUUGACUUAUCUGAUUUAAGCGGACGAAUGUUGAUGACCUCAGGCAGUACUUAUGUUUAUGCCGAAGGAAGUUCAAAUACAUUUUCUCUGGUGAUCCUGGUUGUGCUCUGUGUAACACUAUUGGUGAUGAUUUUGCUUGUCAUAACAAUAGUUUAUUUAGCAAGAAAAAUGGUUUAUAUUCGACGUACCAUUGCAAAAAACAGAAACCAGGCUUAUCGUAAGAUGGAUUUCGGUCGAGAUUCCUCUCAAUCGCUUGGAAAGUACUCUUAUGACAGUGGAGUAUGGCUUGGUCCUGGUCCAGAACCAACUUUCACAGUACCCGAUGCACCAUAUUACCGACCACCAACUGUCGACCAAAUUGCUUCGACUCCUCGGCCAGUAACAGCAGUGCGUACCCGCUUAAAGCGAAAUUGGAAUGUAGAUGCUGAUCGCGCUUUAAGUACCAUACCUGAUGAUUUUUCCAGACCUUUCAUUCACGGAGAGAGAAUUUCGUUGCAUUGAAAUAUUUUUCUUCGUCACACCUAUUUUCGAACCUUCAUUGGAUCAAUAAAUGUUUCGUAAUGUGCUUCUUAUGUCUAAUUUUGACGUGAGUUUAAGCACUAAAUAGAAAAAUUAAAGAAAUGUUAUCGUGAUUGCUUUACAGAUUGGAUAAAAAGUAUCUUUUAUGCAUAGUUUAUAAAGCUGGA